UGAUAAGCAUUGCUGAAGUGAGCAUCGCUCUGUGUGAAUGAAGUACCGAAGACAAGCGUUUUGUUUGAGUUAUGACGUUUUGUAUUUUUAAGAUGAGGAUGUACAGUUUUCUAUUUUUUAUUUUAUGAGGAUUUUGGAUUAAUAUCUUACCCUAUCUGUGAGAAAAAUAUAUAUUCAUUCAAAAUGAUGAAACAAUUUCUUCGCGUGAAGCAGAUUGCUGAUCAAAAAUUUCAACGGAGUGAUAAGAACGGAGUUCUAACAGAAGAACUAAAUGCAGCUGAAAGACGAGUAGAUUUGAUCAAAGAAAGUUGUUAUGCUAGUGGGAAAAAGCUUUCAACAUGCAUGCAGAGGCUCGUGCAAGAUUCCUCCGAUCGGAAGUUUUCGAAAAAAAUACCGGAAGCUGCUCUUGCUCAAUGCAUGGAGGAAUGGGGUCUUUCGCUGGGUGAAAAUUCCAUUUUAGGAAUGACUCUAGUUGAUUAUGCUCGAGUUCAAGAAGCAUUAGCUAAUGAUCUGCUCACCUACAAAGUGCAAGUUGAAGAAAAUGUUGUAGAACCUCUUCAGAAUAUACUUAACAUUGAUAUAAACAAGGUAAUGAAGUACCGGAAACAACUUUUUAAACUCACUUCGGACAUGGAAUCAGCCAAAAUGAGGUACCAAAGUGCUUUACGAAGCAGCCAGCAAGCAACAGGUAAUGGAGCAGCUGCUGCUGCAGCUAAAGUUCAACUUCUUAAAGAAGAAGCUGAAGAUAUAACAAGUAGAGCUGACCAGUGCCGGGAUUCUCUGACUGCAGAAAUGUUUAAUCUAAUCAGUCGUGAGCCAGAAAUGUCACAGUUGUUUGUUAAAUUAUGUCAGUUACAACUUGAAUACCACAAAAAAGCAUUUUAUAUGCUUGAAUCUGCAUUGCCUGAAUUAAAAGCUCAGAUAAGCUCAUGUCCUUACCAGCCUGUGUUUGGUGUCUCUCUAAAAGAACAUUUGAAAGUAACUAAAAGAGAAAUAGCUACUGUAAUUGAGACAUGUGUUUGCUGGCUCCUUGAAACAGCAAUGGAAGAAGAGGGCUUAUUUAGAAUUGGGGGAAGUAUGAUAAAAAUUAAGAAAAUGAAGAGUGCUUUCGAUGCUGGGUUUCAACAUUUGAUUGAAGAAGAUAGAGAUCCUCAUAAUGUGGCAGGUGUUUUAAAGUUAUAUCUGAGAUCUUUACCAGAACCUCUUCUGACAUUUGAAUUAUAUGAUCAAUGGAUGAAUGCUGCUGUAGAGGCCGACCAUGACACAAGGUUGAGGGCACUGUGGAGUGUAGUUAAUUCACUUCCUGAAGCUCAUUUGAAAAAUCUCAGGUAUCUCAUAAAGUUUCUAGCUAAACUGUGUAAAAAUAGUGAUGUAAACAAAAUGUCAGUUCAAAAUAUCUCUAUUGUGAUUGGUCCAAAUUUAUUGUGGCCACCUGUAGAAGAAUGUGCUUUGGGGAUGAAUAUGACAGCUACUAAUCUUCAUAGUUCUAUUGUGGACACUUUGAUAACAUAUGUUGACUGGUUUUUCCCUGGAGGUUAGUAUGAAUU